GACUGGAGCGGUCAUGGAAGCAGUUAGGUGCUCGCAGCACGGAACCAUCUGCUUUCUCAAGACUGGCGUCCGCGAUGGUCCGAAUAAAGGAAGGAGCUUCUAUGUGUGCCCGGCGAACCCUUGCGGCUUCGUGCUGGCGGUCGACAUUCCUGUUUCUCAUUGCUUAUUGCACGAGGACUGCGUGGUAGCGCUUCAGGGUUUGCUCCUACCGCCCGGCAAGGAAGAAUAUAGAUUAUUCUUCCAGUGUGUCAGAAGUAAGGCGGCAGGGAAGCAGUGGUGCGGAAGUGUCCCGUGGCAGGAGCCUGGUUCCACAGAACAUUCUACAACUACCAGGCCUCAGAGUGCCUCAGAGCCCUCCGGCCAGCAGAGAAACCCGUUCAAGGUACUUGACAAGAAUCAAGAGCCGUCUCUCUGGAAACAGUUCACCAAAGGCGAGGGUGAGAAAAAGAUGGCUGAUCAGAAUCCAGAGGAGAAGGGGGAUGUGCUUUUGGAUCAAAAGAAGGAACGGAGGACUGAGUCCAACUGCUGGAUGAAGAAAGAUGUCUCCUCUGCCCUGGAGGUAAAGAAAAAACCACCUGCAGUUCAAGAGAAGCAUCAAGGGGAGAAGAUGCAGUUUCAGCGUGAAGUAAGGGAGAAGGAAGAGGCGCAUAGAAGAAACCUUUGUGACGUUAAACCCAAGCAGGGCCGCGGUGAUGCGCUGAGGAAGCCAUCCGGGUCUCUUCAGGAGAAAUCGAAUGUUGAGAGUCAUCACGUCCAAAGGGAAUCAGAACCUCUAAGGCAACAGGAAACCAAGCCUUUGUCUGGACUUACUCACAGUCUGAAUGCAACAAGCAAGCCCCAGAAAGGGGAACACCUCAGUGAAGAGCACUCCAGCGGCCGGGAGGCUGGAGAAACAAAGGCAGGGGGUGCCCCCAACACGCAGACCACCCGGCGCCCAGAGCCUCAGGACGCACCUGCCCCAGGAGGACCGUGUGCAUGGUGGGCACCAGCUGCAGGGCGCUCCCUGCGUGCAGGGCCAGACGCCGACUCCAGCCACGGGGACCGUGGGGGAGGUCAUACUGUUUCCCUGAAGCCUCCCUUGCUCUUUGACCUGACUCUGGACUCCCAGAAAGAGAACCACCUCCUACCCCCUGGUCAGAGUGGGCAAAGAAACCCAUCUCCCGCCCCGGGUGUUUCUAAGAAGGUAGAACCUUCAGACCCGGCAGCCCAACGUGGGUACCUCACAACACAACUCAAACAGAAGAAGAGCACGCUGAAAUCCGUGAACCUCCAGGCCCUCCCAGACAAGGGUCAGAAGUUGCUCACGCAGAUCCGGGAGCUGGAGGAAGCCCUGGAUGCCCUUGCCCUGUGCCCAGAGCCAGACGCUAAUGAGAAGAGUGAAGGUCAAGCACCACAGCAGAGAAACUUCACCACGGCCGCCACUGACCUUCCUCACUUGGCGCCUCCCCGACCCCUGGAGGAACACGGCCUCCAGCCCUUGGGCUCUCGAGGCCUCAAGGCUGCCUGCCCGGAAGCUGCUGGGGCGUCCAGUCUGUGCUGCGGAGGCCCUUCAAAGCCAGACGGCCCUCAUGCAGUGUGGAAAGUCAUAAGUAAAGCCAUCGAUGAGCUCCAUCAGUCCCUGGGGUCGCGGCCUGCCGAGUCUGCUGUGGCGGAGGACCCACCGGGGCUGAAGGUGCCUCUGCUGCUGCACCAGAAGCAGGCAUUGGCCUGGCUGCUGUGGCGGGAAAGCCAGCAGCCGCACGGAGGGAUUCUGGCGGAUGAUAUGGGAUUAGGAAAAACUCUGACCAUGAUUGCGCUCAUCCUGACCCAGAAGAACCAGGAGAAGAGCAAAGAAGACGACAAAGACAUGGCGUUGACUUGGCUUUCCAAAGACGACUCCUCUGAGUUCACUUCCCACGGAACGCUGAUCAUCUGUCCUGCCUCCCUGAUCCACCACUGGAAAAACGAGGUGAUGAAACGUGUAAGCAGCAACACACUGAGAGUCUGUCUCUAUCACGGGCCCAGUCGGGAGCAGCGUGCGAAAGUCCUGUCCACAUACGACAUCGUCAUCACUACCUACAACCUUCUGGCCAAGGAGAUCCCCACACAGAAACAAGAGGGAGCCAUCCCGGGCACAGACCCCGCCGCAGACAAGGAUUUGGCAAAAACACCUUUGCUUCGAAUAGUCUGGGCUCGAAUCAUAUUGGAUGAAGCUCACUGUGUUAGGAACCCUCGGGUACAGACCUCCACGGCCGUGUGCAGGCUACGGGCCCACGCACGUUGGGCCGUCACCGGAACCCCCAUUCAGAACACCUUGUUGGACAUGUAUUCACUGCUGAAAUUUCUCCGUUGCUCACCAUUUGAUGAUUUCCGAGUGUGGAAGAGCCAGGUCGAUAACGGUUCAAAGAAAGGAGGAGAACGGUUGAGUAUUUUAACCAAGAGCCUUUUGCUCAGGAGAACAAAAGACCAGCUGGACCCCACCGGCAAGCCCUUGGUGGUGCUGCCCCAGCGGGAAUUUCAGGUGCACCGUUUAAAGCUCUCUGAGGAGGAGGAGAAGGUUUACAGUGUCCUUCUGGCCAGAUCCAGGUCAGCUCUGCAGUCCUACCUCAGAGCGGGGCAGGAAGGCGGAGGCAGCCAGGCCGGGAGAAUCCCUGAUAAUCCAUUCAGUAAAGUGGCCCAGGAGUUUGGGUGCAGUGGGCCCGGAGCGUCUUCAGUGGCACGACCUGGCACCCCCCACGUGCUGUUGACCCAGCUGCUGCGGCUCCGCCAGUGCUGCUGUCACCUCGCCCUGCUGAAGUCGGCCCUGGACCCAGCAGAGCUGAAAAGCGAGGGCCUGGUCCUCUCUCUGGAAGAGCAGCUCAGUGCCCUGACGCUGUCUGAGCUCUGCGACACGGAGCCCUCUCCCGUCAUCUCCCUGAAUGGUGAAUGUUUCAAGGCGGAGCUCUUCGAGGACACAAGGGCAAGCAGCAAGAUUUCAUCUUUGUUGGUGGAAUUGGAGGCAAUCCGAGGGAACGCGGGGUCCCAAAAGAGCGUCAUUGUCUCCCAGUGGACCGGCAUGCUGCACGUGGUCGCCUUGCACCUGAGGAGGCGCGGCCUGACCUACGCCACCAUCGACGGCUCCGUUGGCCCCAAACAGAGGAUGGACUUGGUGGAGGCGUUUAACAGCUCCCAGGGCCCUCAGGUUUUGCUGAUCUCCCUCUCGGCUGGAGGUGUUGGCCUGAACCUGACUGGAGGAAACCACCUCUUCCUCCUGGAUAUGCACUGGUGUCAGCUGAUGGUGCUGUGGGGUUUCUGUCAGCAAACUGACCCCAGCUGCUUGUUCGCGGGAAUCCGUCACUCGAAGACCAGGCUUGUGACCGAAUUUACCGAGUGGGGCAGCAGAGAGACGUUGUUGUGCACAAGUUUAUUUGUGAGGGAACAGUGGAAGAGAAGAUCUUACAGCUUCAAGAAAAAAAGAAAACUUUGGCCAAACAGGUUCUCACAGGAUCUGGAAAAUCCGUCAAGAAGCUCACUUUGGCUGACCUCAAAGUCCUUUUUGGCAUCUAACUUCCUGUUUACAGGGCUUAGGGUAGUGCCGCUGUUGGUUUGUGUCAGGAUCUGGGAGAGCGACCUACAUGUGACCCUCUGAGCCCCCCCUUAGCCCGAGGCCCUUCCUGGAAGGAGGUGUAAUGGAGCCUCAAUUUUUUAUGUUAACUAAUUGGUGAAUCAGUCAAGUUAAUCAAUCGACUUAUUUAAGAGUGACAGAAACCAAUGAACUACUUCAGAAAAAAGAAAGUGCCUUAGAGUUCGACAAUUCUGGAAAACGACGCCAGGGGAGUUGUACGAAAGCUUCAGUAAAAGCCCAAAAAGCCAUCUGUUGCCUUUCUCCUGUCCGCUCACGGGGGACCAGUGUCACUGCGCUUUCCUACGCCGGCUCCACGCCAUCUGCCCCUCCCUCCUGCCAGCGAGGCUUCUCCUUUUAUCAUGUCUCCAUGUGGAGCAGAGAGUGGACCCUGCGGCCACGCCCCUGCAGCCAUCUCCCACCAACCAGUUCUCCCUCCCAGGCCUGAGCCCAAGGAGCCGCCUCAUACGUGAGCAGGUGUCUGGUAUCAUCACACCAUCCAGUAUUUAGUGUCGUUUCCAGUGUUCCAUUAUUUUCUGUCACUAUAAUAUGUGCUACUUGUGAAAUAAAAUGGACUAUGUCUUUUUUUUUU